UGGGCAGUGCCAUACUGUUGAUACUGGUUGAUCAUACAAUCUGACAUGUAUAGCUGGGAGCCGUUUGGGUCCUGAUCCAGUAUCUGGUGAAUCAAGAAUAAUGGAUCUUGGUGGCAAAAUGCUGUUGAUUGGCUGCAAGUGGAGCCCACCUUCCUCCUGCACCAAUGGCUCAGCCCAAAUGAGCUGCCCCGCUAGAAUAUCAUAUUUAUAGCUGAGCCAGUGUACAGAAAUACAGAAAGUUGCUGGUGCAAUUCAUUAGGGGCCCCAGCGGGAUUUAAGAAGCAGGUGUAUGUGGUUGGGGCACUUUGGUGCUGGAAGUGGUCAGUCUCAGCCCAGUGAGGACACCAGCAGUUCCUCCUGGAGCAGUCCAGUAUCCUGCAACUCACACAACCUGGCCUAAAACUGGUUCAUGCUCUAACACAGGUGAACCAAUCAGAAAUUAUAUGAGACACUGAUGGGUCCAAUUGGUUCCCCAUUUUUAAAGCAUGAGUGAACCAUUAAAAUUUUUCUAAUGAAAGAGAAUAGCAUUCUUCCCAAUAAGCAUUCAUUCCUCACUCUUACUGGCUUUCUAGUUAUUGCUAUUGACCGCUGUAUUGGAUUCCUGAAACAAUGUAGCAGAAGCCGUCUGAUUUACGCACCUGGAGCAGAACCAACUUCUGCUAGAUUGUUUCAAGAGUGGAAUUGUCCCUUAAGCCAGUGACUAAUUAUCCCCGCUCCAGUCACGCUGGGAUUGGGAAGACCUUGAAAGUCUGGGGUGUGGGUGAUACACACGAGCAAUUUGGGGGUUUCUGUCCCAGCCCCAUUGACGGUGGUUUUGGCGCACACCUUGAGACAAGGAGAACCAACGUUGGGGAUGCACGGCAGGGAGAAGGAUAGGGGCUGAGUGACGUGUGUGACACAGGAAUGUAGUCGGAGCAGCUUGCUGGGAGUGCCAAGUUCUGUGUCUGACACUCCAGAGAAGCAGCUGAACAUUCAGACUGAGCCAGCGCAGGAGGGAGCAGCAAGAUCAGCAACCUGCCUACAACCCCCCCAAAGAACCGAGCAGAAAGUUGACUCACCAAGACCCGCAGUUAUGGCCGAGCAGGGAAAUUUCACCUUGGAACUCUUCGUAAAGGCCAGCGAUGAUGGCGAGAGUAUUGGCAACUGCCCUUUCUGCCAGCGCCUUUUCAUGAUAUUAAUCCACAAAGGGGUCCCCUUCACCCUCACCACCGUCGACAUGAAAAGGGCCCCAGAAGUGCUGAAAGAUUUGGCCCCGGGUUCCCAACCACCGUUUCUCCUCUAUAACAGUGAAGUCAAAACAGACACCAACAAGAUCGAAGAGUUUUUGGAGGAGCUUCUCCAACCCCCCAAUUAUCCCAGGAUGAAUCCCAAAAAUAAGGAAUCAAACACGGUGGGAAACGACAUAUUCCAUAAAUUCUCGGCUUAUAUCAAGAACCAACUGCCGGCCCUGGAAGAGAAUCUACAGAGGAACCUCCUGAAGUCACUACUGUUCUUGGACCGAUACCUGCUGGCGCCCCUUCCACACGAAGUGAAAAACAACCCAAACCAAAUUGUCUCACACAGGAAAUUCCUGGACGGUGACAAUCUGACCCUGCCUGACUGCAACCUACUGCCCAAGCUCAAUAUCAUCAAUACCGUUUGCAAAUAUUACCGAAAGUUUGAGAUUCCCAGAGACCUUGAAGGGGUGACCCGCUAUUUGGAGAAUGCGUCACAGAUGAAGGAGUUCAAGUACACCUGCCCCAACACAGAGGAGAUCCUACUUUUCUACCGUAAUGUGGUUAAGCCAAUGAAGUAAAGGAUUCCCAGCGCAUCCCCUGUUAAGACUGAGCACAAGAUAAAAGUCAGAGCUUUCUUGUUUGCCCAGACUUUCCAAUGCAAGAGAGCUGCCAUCUUUUCCAAGUGCCUUCCCACCUCUCUGGCAACGACACUGCAAACAAGCUUAUACCCGGGCACAGUAGGACUCUGAUAAGACAUUAAGUGGCAACUUAGACUUCCUGAACAUCAUAAUUUAUAUCUCACGAAUCUGUACCUGCACAGCCAGCACCGGUACUAUGACUGGCUACAAUAUUGAUCUGAGUAUAGAUGUCUGGGAUCCCAAUAUUUAAUUCAUUCUAUUUAAAUCUACUGUAUUUAGUGCAACAGCCAUAAGCUAGAAAUACAAAAUACACAAUUUCCACUAUGAA